GAUUCAACCGACGAUCCAUUUGACGUUUUGAUUCGAAAAUUUUUGCCGCUACAAUUUUUUUUUGUUUUUUACAGAGAAGUUCUUGGAUUUUCUUUUACAAUUUUCUCUGUUUUGUAAAUUAUGAUUAUGUUUUACAUGCCGCGCCUGAAGGUUCGCGAUAAGAUUUUCAAGCUGGCCCCGGGAUUCAACAUCAUCGGUUCCCAGGAAGCUUCCUCUGAACAUUCCAUUGUUCUCAAUGACGCGACAAUUGAUGGGAAGCACGCUGUGGUGCGAUUUGAUCCCAUUAAGAAUGUCAGCGAAGUCAUGGAUCUCCUGUCCAGGGGUGGAACAGUGAUAGAUAAAACUCCAUUGCCUACGUUGGAGUGGAGAGAUCUUCAGCACGGACAGACGAUUUUAUUCGGUACAGAAACCGCGACGUUCCUCACGGAAAUCGGAAGAGAUUCCACAGAUGUGCAGCAUUCCGGAAAUGAUUACGAUCAAUCCGACGUGAUCCCUGUAAGUCAAAUUGUGCAAUUUCCUCCAAGACGUACAUACGAUGUCAUUGUUCCCGAUACACAGGAUGAAGAAACUGAGCCGGAGAGCGCCAUUGAAGACGUAACACUGCCGGAAACUCAACAUCCUGGCACAUCUCUCUGUGAUACUGAUCUGGAUACCUUGGAGAGGGACAUUAGUAUGGCAAUUGAGAUGUCAGAGAAGCAGAUGCAGUGCAUUCCGGAAACGCAGGAUGUCUCGGAGGGGCAGAAGAGUGUGCAGGAGCACAUUGACCUUCCGGAGACGCAAAUCACAAAAUCACAGAGAUCUCCUGGGAAUUCUUUGGGGAAUUUCAUUGAGGACGAUGACUGGGAUUACCCAACGGAACCUUUCAUCCCAUUGGGGAGAAAAGUUGAAGCAGCGAUUUGUGAUUCUCAGGAUCUCUUGGGGAUGGCUGAAUGGUCAUCUACAGAGCGAAUGACUGAGAAGAAGCUGAAGGAUGUGUCACCGGAAAGUCCUCUGGAAAGUGAGGUGAUGAACAAAUCACGAAGUCAUGAAGUUUCUCAGCAAUUAAUCAUUCCCAACGAUGAUGGGGAUGAUACGGAUUGCGAGGAAGAACUCAUAACAGCCAUUGAAGUGAAGGUGGAACAAACAUCAACGCCCAUUAAGGAGCCCCCUUGCCCACAGCAGGCUCCAAUGCAGCCAUUUGUGAGCAUUCCCCGCGUGAAUUCCAUCUACGACGUGGAAACACAGCCCAAUGAUCCACCAGCAGCUGAAGAACAUUCAUUUUUGGUACCAAAGCUACCAUUUGUGAAGGUCCCUCGUAUAAAUCCCGCCUACUACGUUGAGACACAGCCACAGGAACCAGUGGAAGUUCCCAAAGGUAUCCAAGAAGCAAAGUUGCUGACAUUCCCGAAGAAUUCUUCCCUCGAUGUUGCCUACCAGGCGGCAACGCAGCUCAAUGAAAAUCCCAUUGAGGGCUCGAUAUUCAGCGAUUUCUCCAGCACAGAUGAACUGUCAGACUUAUCAACACCUCCGUGUGCCAUAAAGCUCCCCACAAAGACAUCAAUCGCGUGCUUCCUGAAGAAUAAACCAAAGGAGCUGAAGAGGAAAGCAUCUGCACCACUUCUUUUCCCCGAAUCGGAUUCUGAAGACGAUUUCGGUGAAGCUUUCGGGGAAACAUCGCAAAAUAUGAAGGAAAAAACUCCCCAGAAGACUCUCUCAGCUGCAACCAGGGCAAGAUUGAGGGAUAUAACAAUUCUCAAUUCACCAGAUGUCUUUGAAUCUCAGGAUGUUGCAAUGAUUACAAAGCCACGAAAGAAACGCGCAAAGACUGUUAAAUUUACGGUAGAACCAGAAAAGGAUGAUCCACCAAAAAGUCCGAACCUCCUGGCUGGAGAUCUAUCGUUUUACCUGACACAGCAGUUUUCCUUCCCAGAUGCCCCAGAAGAGGAAGCUCAGCAAGUCCGGGAAUUAGCUGAGUGUGCAUGGAAGAAGUAUUCCUGUAACUAUGUGUUAAAUCCACACCAUCACCAUUUUAUUCCUGAAUCCUGCACAAAUCCUCUGAAUUCCAUCACGUUUGCUUGUUUCAUUUUUUUUGUUUUAAAUUGGAGUGCUGCAAUUGGUGCCAGCGGUGGGACAAAAUUCUUCAUGGCCUGCUUUGUUAAUAACCAUUCUUUUAUUUUUCUUCCCUCUCUGUGACUCAAAAAGUGUUUUUGUGCGAAUUUUUUUAGCUGAAUUCUAAAGUUUCUGUGCUUCCGUAGGAAUCAGACGAACCGAUAAAAUUGAGACGUUCAAAGAGGCAGGUAAAGAGAGUCUCCAAAAACGAUUUUGAUUACGAAGAGGAGCCACCGAAGGCCUCAAAGAAGAAGCGAAAUCGCUGAAAGGAGAUCACAAAUGGAUUCAAAUCUCUCUUAAACACUUCCAAUGUACAAAUUUUUGUAUUAAAAGGGAAAGAAUCUCCCGGAAACCCCAUUGAAGGCGGAAAAUAAAAUACUUUUGUUGCUAAA